AUGGUCAAGAAUAGAGAGAGCAGAGCCUCACUCCCCGACUCGGAGAUGGCGGACGAAAAACACGAGGCAAACGAUGACGGUGAUGUUUCUAUGGAUGACGCGGAUAACCAGGAAAACGAAAACGAAGACGAGGAUGGUGAUGACGAGGAGGUGGAUGAGGAAAACGACGACGGGGAUGAUGAGUCCGUGGCACCAGCAGAUGGCCGACGGCGCAGAUCGUUCGCGGUAUCUAAGCAAAAGAAGGCUUUCGGUAAGAAGAAUGAAAAUUUGAACCAGAGAAAAGAAAACGACUCAACCAAGAGGAUUCGCUACCUCCUUGGUCUGACAGAUCUCUUCCGCCACUUUAUGGGCAACAACCCCGACUAUCUCCGUAUCCAAGCUGAAGAGGAAGAAAAGAAAAAGAACUCAAAGGGCAAGAAAGCGUCAGCUGCGGAAAACAGGCGCCGGCGUACCGAGCAGGAAGAGGAUGAAGAGCUCCUCCAGGACGAGGAAGGCGAAGGAGAGGCUGCAACCCUAUUCACAGAGUCACCACCUUUCGUCAAGGGCGGCACUAUGAGAGAUUACCAGAUUGCCGGUCUGAACUGGCUGAUUUCCUUACACGAGAAUGGAAUUUCCGGUAUUCUGGCCGACGAGAUGGGUCUCGGAAAGACAUUACAAACAAUUUCGUUCCUUGGAUAUCUGCGUCAUGUUGCUGGCGUGAAUGGGCCUCAUUUGGUCACUGUUCCAAAAUCUACACUCGACAACUGGAAGCGAGAAUUUGACCACUGGACCCCCGGUGUCAACGUCUUGGUACUACAGGGAACCAAGGAGGAGCGUGCAAAGCUUAUCCACGAGCGCGUUCUAACACAGGAUUUUGAUGUUAUGAUCACAAGCUAUGAGAUGAUUCUGCGAGAGAAGACACACUUGAAGAAGUUCGCUUGGGAGUACAUUAUUGUCGACGAAGCCCACCGUAUCAAGAACGAGGAGUCCGCCCUAGCGCAGAUUAUCCGUAUCUUUAACUCUAGAAACCGUCUUCUUAUUACCGGAACACCACUCCAGAACAACCUCCACGAGCUGUGGGCGCUGCUUAAUUUCUUGCUCCCUGAUGUAUUUGGUGACUCCAGCGCAUUCGACCAGUGGUUCGAAACACAGGGAGGGGACCAAGACAUGGUUGUUCAGCAGCUACACAAAGUACUUAGACCAUUCUUGCUACGUCGUGUCAAGAGCGAUGUUGAGAAGAGCUUGCUGCCAAAGAAGGAGGUCAAUGUUUACAUUGGCAUGUCCGAAAUGCAAGUUAAAUGGUACCAGAAGAUUCUCGAGAAGGAUAUUGACGCCGUUAAUGGUGCCGGUGGUAAGCGUGAAUCUAAAACUCGUCUUCUGAAUAUUGUCAUGCAACUUCGUAAAUGCUGUAACCACCCGUACCUUUUUGAAGGUGCUGAGCCCGGCCCCCCAUACACCACCGAUGAACAUAUCAUCGAUAACUCCGGAAAGAUGGUCAUGCUUGACAAGCUCCUUAAGCGUAUGAAGGCACAGGGAUCCAGGAUCCUCAUCUUCUCUCAGAUGUCGCGUCAACUUGAUAUCCUUGAAGAUUAUUGUGUUUUCAGAGAAUACAACUACUGCCGCAUCGACGGUUCUACUGCCCACGAGGACCGCAUUGCUGCGAUUGACGACUAUAACAAGCCCGGUAGCGACAAAUUCAUCUUCUUACUUACCACCAGAGCCGGUGGUUUGGGUAUCAACUUGACAACUGCAGACAUUGUCGUCCUCUACGACUCAGACUGGAAUCCUCAGGCGGAUCUCCAGGCUAUGGACCGUGCGCAUCGUAUCGGCCAGACCAAGCAGGUGAUGGUUUUCCGGUUCGUCACUGAGAACGCCAUUGAAGAGAAAGUUUUGGAGCGUGCUGCCCAGAAGCUCCGCCUUGACCAGCUCGUUAUUCAGCAGUCUCGAGCACAGCUACAAACUAAGGCCGCCGCAUCAAAGGAUGAGCUAUUAUCCAUGAUUCAGCACGGUGCAGACGUCGUCUUCAAAAACAGCAAGGACAAGGAGAAUCAGAUUACACAGGACAUGACCGAUGAUGAUAUCAACGCAAUCCUUGAGCGUGGUGAACAGCGUACUAAGGAGCUGAACGCAAGAUACGCUAAACUAGGACUCGAUGACCUGCAAAAGUUCACUAGUGACUCCGCCUACGAGUGGAACGGCGAGAACUUUGCUGCGGUCAAGAAGACAAACAUUGGCGCGAACUGGAUCAACCCCGCCAAGAGAGAGAGGAAGGAACAGAGCUACGGUAUUGAUAACUACUACCGUCAGGUCCUGACACAGGGCAGCAAACAGGCAGACACGAAGCCCAAAGUCCCUAGAGCUCCAAAACAGGUAUCUGUUCAUGAGCAUCAGUUCUAUCCUCAGAGACUGGUGGAGCUCCAGGAGAUGGAGACUGCAUACUUCAAGAAGCAACAGGGCUACAAGGCUGUCCUCCGCGACGGGGCUGAAGACACACUUGAAGAGCGUGAAGCUGCCCGUAUCGAAGAGCAAGAGACUAUUGACAAUGCCGUGCCACUCACGGAAGCAGAGCAGGAAGAGAAGACUCGCCUGGGCGAGCAAGGGUUCUCAAACUGGUCCCGGAAAGAUUUCAUGUCCUUCAUCCAGCUAUCUGCCAAAUACGGAAGAAAGAGCAUCUCCGCUAUCGCCGCCGACAUCGAGAGCAAGACCGAGAAAGAAGUGCGCGAGUACGCCAAGGUCUUCUGGGACCGUUACAAGGAAAUGCCCAGCUGGGAGAAAUACAUUGCCACAAUUGAAGCCGGCGAAGACAAGUCCGAGAAGAUCACCAAGCAAAAGAAGCUCCUCCGACGGAAGAUUGAGAUGUACCGGGUUCCCCUCCAGCAGCUCAAACUCAAUUACUCUGUCUCUACCACCAAUAAGAAGAUCUACACCGAGGAAGAGGACCGCUUCCUCCUCGUGCACCUGGACAAGUUUGGCCUCGAUGCCGAAAAUCUGCACGAUAUGAUCCGCGACGAGAUUCGAGAGAGCCCACUGUUCCGCUUCGACUGGUUCUUCCUGAGCCGAACGAGUCUCGAGAUCUCACGCCGCUGCACAACGCUUAUCAUGACCGUUAUGCGCGAGUUUGAGAAUGAGGCCACCAAUGGCACCACUACCACUACCGGGACCGCGAAACCCAAGAAGGGCCGCGACCGGGAGGAGGAAGAGGAGGAGGAGCGCGGCCCGCCAGCAAAGAAGGGGAAGGGCGCGGCGGGAGCGGCGAAAGAGGCGAAGGUUGUUCCUGCGGAGACGAACGGGAAGUUGCCGGGGAGACCCCCUAAGAACAAGGCCGUCGAACAGGCAAAGAAGGGGGCAGAGAGCAAAGCUACGAGUGCGGCGACGAGCAGGGCAUCCAGUGUGGACUCCAAGGUUUCGACCGCUGCUGCAGCAUCGUCAAAGAAGGGGGCCAAGUCAAAGAAGAAGUGA